AUGACUGGAAAUUUUAGCGAAGAUGACAUUCAACAUUUGUUGGGAGUCAUGAAUGGCAGCAGUCCUAGCAGUUCUCAUCAUCACGACCAUCACGAUCAUCACGACCAGGAAGAUGAAACGGAAGAAGUGCCUGUCAUGCAGGCUGCCGUGGAAGCGGCGGUCGCUUGUCUUCCUCCACCCUCUGCUGCUUCUGCUGCUUCUACUGCAGAACCUGUGCCCGCUCAAUCCAAUACAAAUACCAAUACUAGUAGCAGCAACAGUCACACCGAGAUUGAUGAGGAUGCCAAAGCGUUGGCACGCUCCGAGCGCAAACGAAGCAGAGAAAAGCAACGUCGAUUGGAUGUCAACAAACAAUUCAAUGACUUGACCAAGCUCAUUUCUCAAAUCGAACAAGAGGAACGAGAAGAAGAUCCCACCGUCUUUCGUCAGUCCUUUUCCGCUACCAAUCGAGCCGAUUUGAUUGCACGUACGAUUGCCCACUUGGAACGAUUCCGGAACAGCAACAAGCGAAGAAAGACCGAAUGUGCCACUCUGCAACAACAGUUGCAAGAAUCGCAAAAGGCUGGAGAAGAAAUUGCUGCGAAAUACAAGGAGGCUCUCUGUAGUACUAAGAUGAUGCCACAGCAACAACCACAAAAGCAGGUUAUGAUGAUGGUUCCAAUGAUGAUGCCCGCCAACGCAGCUCAGAACAUGCCACAGUUUGGAAUGCAGGCACAGAUGGGUGCCGCCAUGAAUCAGUUCAUGAUGCCGCAACCAUUCAUGACCCAGCAACAACAACAACAGCAACAGCCACCCGCUCCCACUGCCCCUCAAGCACAAGCGCCGCAACAGCAGCAGCAGCAUCAACAGCAGCAUGCCCACGCUUCGGCGCAGCAACAGCAGGCUCCUGCACAACCUCAGGCUCCAGCAGUAGCUCACAACAACAACAACAACAUGAUGAUGACUCCACAGCAAAUGAUGUUCACCUCCAUGCAAAGUAUGUACCCCAACAGUAUGAUGAUGGUAGAUCCAAAUGCUACCAAUGCCGCCAUUGCUGCUGCUUCUGCUCAAUCAGGAGCAGGAGCACCAACAGCAGCAGGUGAAACCAUGGCACCACAAAUGCAACAGCAAAUGCAAAUGCCGUACAUGAAUUUUCAAAUGGCACCUCCCGCACCUACUCCAACAACCACGACGGCGUCAGUGGCAGCAGAACCAAAGACGGAUGACACUGCGAAACAUCAUCAUCAUGAUCAACAGCAACAACAACAUCAUCAGCAACACCAGCAACCAUCUUCGAAUGGACGACGAGGCAAUGCUUCGUCCGAUGGAGGCAGCAAUUAUGCUCAUUGUGCAUAA